CGGCCCCCGGGGUGUCGGUGCGGGGGUCCCGGGGGUCCGGGGGGUCCGGGAGGAUGUGGCUGAAGCCCGAGGAGGCGCUGCUGAAGAACGCGCUGAAGCUGUGGGUCACCCACAAGUGCAACUGCUACUUCGUCCUGCAGCGACGCCGGGGCCACGGAGAGCCCGCCGCCCGCUUCGCCGGUCGCCUGGUGGGCGCCAUCGACGCCGUGCUGGACUCCAGUGCCCGGGUCGCUCCCUUCCGCAUCCUACUCCAGGUCCCCGGGUCACCGGUGUACUCCGCCAUAGCAUGCGGUGAGUUAUUGAGCGGAUCGGAAGGUUCCUGGGCCAUAGCGAUCGGUGCCACAUUAGAAGAGAUAAAUCAGCAUUGGGAGUGGUUAGAACAAAACCUCUUGCACACCUUGUCCGUCUUUGAUAAUAAAGAAGAUAUUGUUAGUUUCGUUAAAGGGAAAGUCAAGGCUCUUAUCGCCGAAGAGACCAGCAGCAAGCUAGCCGAACAAGAAGAGGAUCCUGAGAAAUUCCGAGAAGCCCUGGUGAAGUUUGAGGCCAGAUUCAACUUCCCUGAAGCCGAGAAGCUCAUCACUUAUUAUUCCUGUUGUUGCUGGAAAGGUCGUGUCCCUCGGCAGGGAUGGCUCUAUCUCAGCAUCAACCACCUGUGCUUCUACUCCUUCUUCUUGGGCAAGGAACUUAAACUCCUGAUCCCCUGGGCUGAUGUCCAGAAGUUAGAAAGAACGUCCAACGUCUUCCUGACUGACACCAUCCGAGUCACCACGCAGAGCAAAGAACGUGACUUUUCCAUGUUCCUGAACCUCGACGAGGUCUUCAAGAUCAUGGAGCAGCUGGCUGAUGUCACCCUGCGGAGGCUUCUGGAUAACGAGAGCUUCGAGCUGGAUCCAAGCCUGCAGGAACCCACGCAGAUUACCAAAAGGGAUCUUGAAGCCAGGGCCCAAAAUGAGUUCUUCCGAGCCUUCUUCAGGUUGCCAAGGAAGGAGAAGCUUCAUGAAGUCGUGGACUGCUCUCUCUGGACACCGUUCAGUCGCUGCCACACCGGAGGGCGAAUAUUCACUUCCGACAGUUACGUCUGUUUUGCCAGCAAAGAGGAUGGCUGUUGUAACGUGGUCCUGCCGCUGACAGAGGUAGUUAGCAUAGAGAAAAUGGAAGACACGAGUGUCCUUCCCAAUCCCAUCAUUAUAAGUAUCAGGAGCAAGAUGGCAUUUCAGUUCAUUGAGCUAAAGGACAGGGACGGCUUGGUGAAGAAUCUUCUAACGAGGCUGAAGCAAGUCCGGGCCAACAACCCACGGCAUUUUGGCAGUUCGGAGCGUGAAGACCUGAAUUCACCUGUGCUUGAUGCUCCAAGUGUGGGCGGCGACCAGGGGUUUGGGAAUCUAGAAGCCGUGGCCAGUGAGACCGAGGAAAAGCGGGAAGAAGGAAGGCAGCCGCUGAAUGCCGAGGCCCUGCUAGCCAUCUUCUAUCAGUCCAGAUCCCAGAGCCCUGAUUCUGGGAUGUCAAGGGAACAGAUAAAAGUGAGCCUCUGGAAUGACCACUUUGUAGAAUAUGGCAGAACCGUCUGUAUGUUUCGCACCGAAAAGAUCCGCAAGCUCGUCGCCAUGGGGAUCCCUGAAUCCUUGCGUGGCAAACUUUGGCUCCUCUUUUCAGAUGCUGUUACUGAUCUCAACACCCAUCCCGGUUACUACGGGAAUCUGGUGGAGGAGUCGAUGGGCAAGUGUUGCAUGGCAACCGAGGAGAUCGAACGGGACCUGCAUCGCUCGUUACCCGAGCAUCCCGCCUUUCAAAACGAAACGGGAAUCGCAGCCCUGCGGAGGGUGCUGACCGCCUAUGCCCACCGCAACCCGAAGAUAGGCUACUGCCAGUCCAUGAACAUCCUGACCUCUGUGUUCCUGCUCUAUGCCAAGGAGGAAGAAGCCUUCUGGCUGCUUGUCGCCGUGUGUGAGCGUAUGCUCCCGGAUUACUUCGACCGUCGAGUCAUCGGAGCUCAAGUGGACCAGUCGGUGUUUGAAGAACUCAUCAAAGAACGCCUGCCAGAACUGGCCGACCACAUGAAAGAUCUGUCCGCCCUGUCUUCCGUUUCCCUCUCGUGGUUCCUCACCCUAUUCCUCAGUAUCAUGCCGCUAGAAAGCGCCGUGAAUGUGGUGGACUGCUUCUUCUUUGACGGGAUCAAAGCCAUUUUCCAAUUGGGCUUGGCGGUUUUAGAAGCAAAUGCGGUGGAGCUGUGCAGCAGUAAAGACGAUGGCCAGGCCUUGAUGAUCCUCAGCAGGUUUCUUGACCACGUGAGGAAUGAGGACAGUCCCGGGCCACCGACUGGAAACCACCAUGCCUUUUUCUCUGACCAUCAGGAACCCUUCCCCGUGACCGAGAUAGCGGAUCUGAUUCGCGACGCGUAUGAGAAAUUUGGAGACCGUUCUGUGGAGCAGAUUGAACACAUGCGCUGUAAGCACAGAAUCCAAGUCCUCCAAAGCCACGAGGACAUCACCAAACAGAAUGUACUCAGAGUUGUCAUUCCCGAUGUGACGAUUCUCCCUGAAGAGUUAGAGGAACUCUACGACUUGUUCAAGCGAGAGCAUCUGAUGAGCUGCUACUGGGACCAGAUGAGCCCCGCGGUCGAGCGCCACGAUCCUAAUAGGCCUUACGCUGAACACUACUGCAUCGACUGUCGGCAGCUGACCGGGCUCUUCAAGCUCGUGUCCCCGUGGACCUGCGGAGAGCACACCGAGAUCCUCGCGGAAAGGCUGUUCCGGCUGCUGGAUGAAAACGUGGAUCAUCUUGUUGGAUUCAAGGGGUUCGCCCGCUGCCUAGACGUUAUGUACCACGGAGAAAUGAAUGAGAAAAUUAAGCUUCUCUACCGACUCCACAUUCCCCCCGCGCUCACCGAGAAUGACAGAGACAGCCAGUCACCGUUAAAGAAUCCGCUGUUGUCCACGUCCAGGCCCUUGGUCUUUGGAAAACCGAAAGGGGAUGCCAUGGAUUAUCAGAAGCAGUUGAAGCAGAUGCUUAAGGACUUAGCCAGAGAAAAAGACAAAACUGAGAAGGAAUUACCGAAAAUGAGCCAGAGAGAGUUCAUCCAAUUCUGCAAAACUUUAUACAGCAUGUUCCACGAAGACCCGGAGGAAAAUGACUUAUACCAAGCCAUCGCCACGGUCACCACCCUGCUGCUACAGAUUGGGGAGGUGGGGCAGAGCAGCAGGAGCUCGGGAAGUAAUUCGGAAGACUUUCCGGAGGACCCGCAGGCCGAAAGCUCCGCCGGAGCUUCUGAACGGGACUCUGUGUUCGUCGAGUCAACUAGGAACCCCCAGAAGGACUCCCCCUCGCUCGGAUUAGCCGAAGGGGACUGGUCUGUCUCUCUCGAACACAUCCUGGCGUCGCUCUUGACGGAACAGUCACUGGUCAACUUCUUUGAAAAGCCAGUGGACAUCAAACCCAAACUGGAGAGUGCCAAGUUAAACCAGUACGGUCUCAAAGCCGCUGAGCUGAGCCGCCACAGUCAAACCGAAGCCCUCAAGCUGAGUACGUCUUGAUUCCAACAAUUUUCUGAGUUGCAUCGGCAAGCUACGCCGAUGCUCACUGAUGGAAAAAAAAAGCUUCAUGAAAUUAGUCUGCGAGCUGUAAAAGCAGCACUCUAUCCUCUCCUGGUUUUCUUUCAACACUGAAAAAACUAUGGGGGGAUGCUGUCCACUGAGGGGGGAAACGAGAGGAUAAAAGGGGCAGCUCUUGGGAGGAAAGGACUGAAUUUUCAGGUUGGUCCUUUACGUUUGCAGCUGUAUGAUUGGCUUUUUUUUUUGCACUAAUACUUGUUUCAAUGCUGGUAAUUGAAACCGUUUUAAUAUUUGGUCAUAUUUGAUUUCUACGUCUUGCAGAAAGUUUGGGUUCCCGGACUGUGCUUUUGCUGGUCCCAACAAAGUUUUCUAAAUA